GCCGGAGCUAUCACUUGGAUGACCAGCCUUACGGAAGAAUGGGAUUUCGAGUGUCCUCCCAACAAACCUAUCAAAAAUAUCAUAGCAGAUUAUUAUAGUAACUACAGAGACCGAGUUUGGAACAUCUCUUGUAGUGAGACAGAGAUCGAUGUCAACUUUACCCACUGUGAAUGGAGCAUCUACGUCAAUGAGUUCAAACAUCUUCUCAUUUACCAAUGUCCCAACGAUGGAGUGCUGACAGGUACGAAAAGGUUCAGUAGCAGUGUAAGAUAAGAAUGAUACUAAUACGUCUAAACAAACCAGGUACUUACAUUGAUUAUGGCAGGUACUGAGAGAUUCAAUAGCAGUGUAAGAUAGGAAUGAUUAGGAAUGUGGCCCCGCGGGGGGGGGGGGGGGGGAGGUGAUUAUGGGGGAGGGGGGGCUUGAACAAAAAUUGAAAAUGGCAUGUGAAAAUAAAUAUAACUUGAUCAAUGGCAGGUACUGAGAGAUUCAAUAGCAGUGUAAGAUAGGAAUGAUUAGGAAUGUGGCCCCGCGGGGGGGGGGGGGGGGGGAGGGGAUUAUGGGGGGGGGGGGGCUUGAACAAAAAUUGAAAAUGGCAUGUGAAAAUAAAUAUAACUUGAUCACCGUUUAUUUAACUUUAUUUUUCGUUUAAAACGUAAAAAAAAUAUCGAAAAUGAAUAAUAAAGUAUUGCAAAUUUUAAACAUCAGUCCAGAGCAGUUACUACGCCUUUGAUUUUUUUUUUUUUCAAAUGUUUAAAAAAUUAUCAACGUUCUCUCCAAGGCAUGGCAUCUUAUUUCGUGGCAUCAGAAAUUUUUGACAGGAGAUAUCAAUUCCUCUGUUGCUACCCGCUUUCAUACGUCACGCACGAGUGCCGGCACACCAAAUUUAUUAAUGAGCAUUCCGUGUUACUGAGCUACAGAUUCCCGGACAACAGGGUCCUGCGCGGUGUGAUCAGUCGACUGGUGUACUCUGACUAUAAGCCAGAUCGCCUUUGGAGUUUGAAUAUUUGUAAACUG